AUGCGAAGAACAGUCGAUCAGUGUCCUCCUAAAAUCGUAUUAUCACCACCAGAGUUGGCCUGGAACGACUUCGAGUACGCCGACAAUGCUGUUAUAUUCGUGGUAAUCAGUGCUAAAGUUCAACAUAUUGUCAACUUUGUAUCGAAGCUAGCAGCUGCGAUGCUGGAUUGCGCUUGCCCUGUUGAGUGCAAGCAGAAAUUUUGGGUAGGUGGCAACGGGUUGGAAAAUAUGGAUGAUUUAUCUUAUUUCAAUCGAACAUAUCUAAGUUAUUUGAAUGCGCUCUAUAAAAACUGGUCUAACGGUUAUUCUACUGAAGAGUUUUUUAAUCUUAUUCAGGAAAAAUAUGGGUACGCUUGUAAUGAGUUGUUUCGAGAAUGUCAAUUAGCUGGAAAAACAAUGAAUUGUUGUAGUGAUUUGUUUGAGAAGCAGGUCGUUAUGCGUCGAGGAUUAUGCUUUCAAACGAGAAAAUAUGUCAAUCAGACAGAAGCAGAUGACAUCGGAAGACUUGUUUUGAGUAUUAAAGCCCCGCCAAGUAUCACUAAUCCACACUACAAUUUCAGCCAGCCUCAAAUCAUAGUUUAUAUAACGGAUAAUUUUAAACAUGUUGUUGAUUUUCCACGAUUUUAUUUGUAUCCUCAUGAGUGGAAUCGAAUGCGAUUCACAGCUAGAUACAUUGAGCUUAUCGAAAACGAAGACGUUUGCACUCAGAAGGCACGUCGACCCACCUGCUGUAAAUCCUACCUCACGCCUCAAAGCGGCGCAGCGGUGGCCCUGGCCGUCGGGCAGCUAUGGUGGCGAGACUUCGUCUCGGCAGAAGCUAGGGCGUACCCCAGAAGCGAGAUGGCCCUCGCAUAUUUGCCACAUUGCUCUCGACCGGGCAAUGUGGCAAAUAUGCGAGGGCUACCGGCUAGAGGACGAAGCCGGCCAAAGAAGUUAGUCCGCCAUCGCCAGCAACAUCCAGUGCGCUUGGCAACACUUAACGUUGGGACGCUUACUGGAAGAAGUCGUGAACUGGCAGAUAGUCUCAGAAAACGCCGUGUUGACAUAUGUUGUGUACAGGAGACUCGCUGGAAAGGCUCCAAAGCAAGGGAAUUAGGCGGUGGCUACAAACUGAUCUACCACGGCACAUCAAAUCGCAAUGGCGUUGGUAUCAUAUUGAACGAGUCGUUUAGAAAUAGCGUCACAGCGGUGGAUCGACUAUCGGAUCGCUUGAUGGCUGUAAAAGUAGAUACAGGAGAAGUGGAAUUGCGAGUCGUCUCUGCUUAUGCGCCACAGGCGGGUUGUAGUGAAGAAGAGAAGGCGUGCUUUUGGAAAGAUCUGGAGCAGUACGUCCAAUCCCUGGAAAACGAAGAAGUAUUUCUAAUCGGAGGAGACUUCAACAGACAUGUCGGUUCUCGGAAAGACGGGUUCGAGGGUUGUCAUGGUGGAUACGGUUUUGGAGCUCGCAACGACGACGGGUUGCGAAUCCUGGACGUUAUACGCUUGAUUGCGGAGAACACUCUGGGAAGGACGACUCUAGCUAAGCCCAAAGUACAAAAGGCUACGUGGUUUUGGAACGAGGAAGUUCAGGCGGCAAUUCGUGAGAAGAAAUCCAAAUAUAAGCUCUGGUGGAGGACACGUCAGCCUGAAGAUCGGGAUGCUUACUUAGCGGCGAAGAGGGAGGCUAAGAAGGUAGUCUCCAAGGCGAAAUUGGAUCGCUGCAAGGCUGUGUACGACAUGCUUGAUACCAGAGAGGGCGAGCGGGCAGUGUAUCGUUUAGUCAGAGCGCGACAUCGUUCAACGUUGGAUAUGGAACACACCAAGAUCGUUAAGGGAGCUGAUGGAACCGUUCUGCGCCGCCCUGGUCAGAUCCUGGAGAGGUGGCGAGAGUGUUACAACCACUUGUGUAACGAAGAGUUCUGUCAUCCUCCGAUCGCAACUGUUCCCAGCGUCGAGGGUCCUGUUCUACCAAUUACUGCCGUCGAAGUCAGUGCUGCCCUCGCAAAAAUGAAGUCGAACAAGGCAACCUGA